CCCUCUUUCUUAGUUGAAAAAAGGGAAGAAAAAAAAGCCUCUGCAGCUGUGUUGCACCUCAAUGAAUGAAUUGGUGCACUGUGAGCGCCCAUUAGCUAUCCACUGGAUUUCCGUUCGCUUCCGUCUUUCAUCCAGAACAUAUGAAUCUGCUUACACAAACCGUUUCUAGGAGUUGAAUAGAUAGGUCGGAGAAAAUGGCACAACGCGUGGUUCUCCUCCUGCUGUGGCUCUUUGACUGCACAUUCGCAGGAUUCCCCAAUCAGAUUAACAUCGGGGGGCUCUUCAUGCGUUCCACUGUGCAGGAGCACAGCGCGUUCAGGUUCGCUGUCCAGCUCUACAACACCAAUCAAAACACCACUGAAAAGCCUUUCCAUCUCAACUAUAAUGUCGACAACCUGGAGUCGUCCAACAGCUUUUCAGUCACCCAUGCAUUUUGCUCUCAGUUCUCCCGCGGGGUGUACGCCAUCUUUGGAUUCUACGACAAGAAGUCCAUGAACACCUUGACCUCGUUCUGUGGUGCUCUGCACACCUCAUUUGUCACGCCCAGUUACCCCACCGACAAUGAGGUACAGUUCGUCAUCCAGAUGAGGCCUGCCCUGCGGGGGGCGGUCCUCAGCCUGCUGUCGCACUACAAAUGGCAGAAGUUUGUCUACCUCUACGACACUGACCGAGGUUUCUCCAUCCUGCAGGCCAUCAUGGAGGCAGCAGUGGCUAACAACUGGCAGGUGACCGCUCGCUCUGUCAGCAGCACAACAGACGCAGCAGAGUUCAGACGCAUCAUCGAGGAGAUGGACAGGAGGCAGGAGAAGCGUUACGUGAUCGACUGUGAGGUGGACAGAAUCAAUACCAUUUUAGAACAGGUUGUGACCCUGGGAAAGAACAGUCGUGGUUACCACUACAUUCUGGCCAAUUUGGGGUUCUCUAAUGUUAGCCUGGACAAAGUUUUUGCCGGGGGAGCCAACAUUUCAGGGUUUCAGAUCGUCAACCCUGAAAACCCGAUCGUGCAGCAAUUCAUGCAGCGCUGGGAGCGCUUAGAUGAAAGAGAGUUCCCAGAAGCCCGAAAUGCUCCUCUGAAGUACACCUCUGCUCUGACCCAUGAUGCCAUUCUGGUGAUAGCAGAAGCCUUCAGGUACCUGCGGCGCCAGCGCGUGGACGUUUCUCGCCGCGGCAGCGCGGGCGAUUGUCUGGCAAAUCCCGCCGUACCUUGGAGCCAAGGCAUCGACAUCGAGAGAGCUCUUAAAACAGUCCAAGUGCAGGGUAUGACUGGGAACAUCCAGUUUGACAACUACGGCCGCAGGAUCAAUUACACCAUAGAUGUUUAUGAGAUGAAAACAGGAGGGCCGAGGAAGAUUGGGUACUGGAAUGAGUACACUCGAUUUGUAAAUAUUAUGGAUCCGCAGGUCUCCAACGACUCCUCAGUGGAAAACCGAACCAUUGUGGUCACUACUAUUAUGGAAGCUCCUUAUGUGAUGUACAAGAAAAAUUUUAUACAUCUGGAGGGGAAUGACAGAUAUGAAGGCUACUGCGUCGAUUUAGCAUCUGAGAUUGCCAAACAUGUUGGAAUUAAGUACAAACUGUCUAUAGUAAUGGAUGGAAAGUACGGCGCCCGAGACCCUGAGACCAAGACGUGGAACGGGAUGGUGGGUGAACUGGUCUAUGGGAGAGCAGAUAUAGCUGUUGCGCCUCUCACAAUUACUCUGGUUCGAGAGGAGGUGAUAGACUUUUCCAAGCCUUUUAUGAGCUUGGGCAUCUCCAUUAUGAUAAAGAAGCCGCAAAAGUCCAAGCCUGGUGUUUUCUCCUUCCUGGACCCGCUGGCCUAUGAAAUCUGGAUGUGUAUAGUAUUUGCCUAUAUUGGUGUGAGCGUGGUACUGUUCCUGGUCAGUCGGUUCAGUCCCUAUGAGUGGAAUCUCGAGGAACAGGACGAGAUCAAAGACCCUCAAACUCCCCCUGAUCCUCCAAACGACUUUGGCAUCUUCAAUUCCCUCUGGUUCUCUCUGGGUGCCUUCAUGCAGCAGGGCUGUGACAUCUCUCCCAGGUCUCUGUCGGGCCGUAUCGUUGGAGGGGUGUGGUGGUUCUUCACCCUCAUCAUCAUUUCCUCCUACACAGCCAACCUUGCCGCCUUCUUAACAGUGGAAAGAAUGGUCUCACCUAUAGAGAGCGCUGAAGACCUGGCCAAGCAGACAGAGAUAGCAUAUGGCACUCUGGACUCAGGCUCUACAAAAGAGUUUUUUAGGCGAUCAAAAAUAGCAGUUUAUGAGAAGAUGUGGUCAUACAUGAAAUCAGCAGAACCCUCUGUGUUUGUUAAGACCACACCUGAUGGCGUGGCGCGGGUCCGAAAGUCAAAGGGAAAGUUCGCCUUUCUCCUGGAAUCCACCAUGAACGAGUAUAUUGAGCAGCGGAAGCCAUGCGACACCAUGAAGGUUGGAGGGAACCUCGACUCUAAAGGCUACGGCGUGGCGACGCCCAAAGGCUCAGCAUUAAGAAAUGCUGUUAACCUGGCAGUUUUAAAACUGAAUGAGCAAGGCCUCUUGGACAAAUUGAAAAACAAAUGGUGGUACGACAAGGGAGAGUGCGGCAGCGGGGGAGGUGACUCCAAGGACAAGACAAGUGCUCUCAGCCUAAGCAAUGUGGCGGGUGUCUUCUAUAUUCUGGUUGGAGGGCUGGGGCUGGCCAUGAUGGUGGCUCUGAUAGAGUUCUGUUAUAAAUCACGACAAGAAACCAAACGGCUGAAAUUGGCUAAGAAUGCUCAGAAUUUUAAACCGGCUCCCCCGACCAACACCCAGAACUUUGCCACAUACAGAGAAGGCUACAACGUUUACGGAACCGAGAGUGUGAAAAUCUAGAGGUUUACGAAACAUUUCUACUGUCCUUUUCAACUGUGACUAAAAAUCAAUGAAAGGCACAGGAUCAAGAGGAUUGUGCUUCAAGAACGAGCCUGUGGGGGCCAACACAGCAUGAUAAUCUGCAAUGAUGACACGACAGGACUGGUCAUGGGAAGAGCCAAUGAGGUUACCUCCUCUCAGUGCCUUAUGGAACUCCAAUCAAUGCAACUCACAAUAAUAUUGCUUUGUGCUUGAAACUCAUACCAGAAGAAUUGUGCAGUACAUACUAUAUAUAUAUAUAUAUAUAUAUAUAUAUAUAUAUAUAUAUAUAUAUAUAUAUAUAUAUAUAUAUAUAUAUAUAUAUAUAUAUAUAUAUAUAUAUAUAUAUAUAUAUAUUUAUUUAUAUAGAAAUAUGUAUGUGCUCUAUGUGAAUCUAACAUGAAUGAGAGAACUAAAGCCAUCAUUUGCAACCUCUAAGCACAUUUUGAAGUGCCACAGUGACACUGACAAGUGUUUAAUUGGUUUCUUGUUAUGGGUAUGAUUGGAUUAUUCUUCAUCCUUCUGCUGCCAGAUUUCCAACACUUAAAUGUGUUCAAAUAAUUUUGUUAGAUUGUCUCAGUGCACUGUAAGACACUGGUUAUUAGAUAAUAGCUUUUAUACUCCUGUGAGUCACCUCCAAUGGCCAUGUUCUUGUUGUAACAGAUAGGUUAAUCGAAUUGGAGCGAAACGCCAUUCAGCCCAAAACAAAGAUGGGUGUGAUUUGCACUCUUCGAAUGUGGUGCUGCUAUCGCUGUCUUCUGAAAGUUUGACAGGACUGGGGAUGAUAAGGUGAUGAGCCGAGUCACUAUUCGCACUUCCAAUACUGCCAAGGGUGUUGUUUGUGAGACGACUGUGUAAAGCCUGUGUAAAGAAAAUCUGUUUGUGAUUUACAUACUGUAAAAAUAUCGAGGAAGGUUCAACUCAGCAAAGAGACUCCCCCCGAGGACCAGUGCCAGCCAAGUUUUUACAUUAAAAUGAAGCCAACCAAAAGAAAUGGAGGAUUAUUCCAUUUAUCGACUGCAGCCCAAUUGAAGGAAAGCAGCAGCAAAUUUUUAACAAGUUUUCCUGGAUAAAAUACAACUUUUGUUGAAAUCUGCACAUGUUACUGACCGUGGUUUGCUUUUAUUUUAGCGAUGAAAUCUUCAGUGUUCUGUGACUUCACUUAAUAAAUGAAACUUAUAUGAAUAAAACACAACAUAGAUUUAUUCAAGGUUGUAAGGGGUGAGACCUGAAUCUUAGCACAUUUCCAUAUUGCUGUAAUCAUUUCUUUCAUGAAGACUGUGACUCCAUAGGAUUUAGGAAAAUAAUUAUCACAUCACCUAAAACUAUGGGCAAAUGUUUUAUAUAUAAAAAAAAAUCACUUCUAGAUAUAAUGUGAAAAAAUACGAGCAAGUGAGAGGUGUGUACAUUUAGAUAAAUGGAAAUUAUUUAUUUAAAAGAAAAGUUAUUUUCCCUUUCUCUUGUUUUUUAUUUGUUUUUUUUAUCUUAUAAAUUGCAUGUGGAAUCAAUGAUGCUUGACAAGCUCUGCUACUCCCAAACUGAGCUUAUAGGUUUGAAAAUCCAGCCCUGCAGGUACUUCUUUUGUAAAUCAGUUUCGCACUUUUCUUUUUACAACAUUUCACCUUCUGUAGAAACAAGAAUCUCCAGGCAUAAUAGUGGGUAUAAAAGAGCAAAAGAUGCAUGCAUAAUUUGUUGAACCUCAUUAGAGGAGUGCUGUACAAAGAAUUUUAAUACAUUUUGUAAAUAAAAAUGUACAGAAAGGG